UAAUCAGUCGUAAAAAGAGGAAGGACGGGAGUGGUGCGUUUUAGUAAGACUAGUCCAAAAUUAUUUCCGUAACAAGUGAAAUUUACUUUAUUUUCAUUCAUUUAAUUUUUGUUCUAGUGUAGCAUAUGUUUAAUUUUGCAUUCGUUCACAAAAUCAAAGAAGAAGAAUCACUAAACAAGGACAUAACCUAUUUUAAAUUUUGUUAAAAUGUUCACAUAUAUUGCUGCUUUUAUUUUAUGUGUUUCGGCAGUGAACAGUGAUGGUGCUCUAAAGUUCUACCAAGAAAAGAACUUCCAUGAGGCACAUGAAUUAAGCGAAAAUGAUGUGAUUGCUUUAGCAAACCUGUCUGACAUGACAAACUUCAAAGCAAUACUUGACGAAAUCUUAAUACCAAGGGUGGUUGGUACUCCAAACCAUGAAAAAGUUGGGAACUACAUCUCGAAUCAAAUGCGCGGCCUCGGUUGGGAUGUCACUGAGAAUGUAUUCCCAGAUAAUACACCCAUAUUUGGGACAUUGAACUUUAAGAAUAUAAUAGCAAAGUUGAACCCCGAUGCAGACAGAUAUUUGGUCCUCGCUUGCCAUUAUGACAGUAAAUAUACUCGUGAACAUGUAUUUGUGGGUGCCACAGAUUCGGCGGUGCCGUGCGCCAUGAUGAUCAACCUUGCGAAGGUGAUGUCCAAACAACUUGACAAGCUGAAGAAGGACCGGCUGAGCCUCAUGUUCAUAUUCUUUGAUGGAGAAGAGGCCUUCCUGCAGUGGGGCCCUAAAGACUCCAUAUAUGGCGCGCGCCACCUAGCGGAGAAGUGGGAAGGCACGCCGUACAAAGAUGGAGCUAAUCAUCUUCAGAGAAUGGAUGUGCUGGUCCUCUUAGACCUUUUGGGUACUCCCGACCCGGUCUUCUACAGUUACUUCAAGUCGACAGAGAAGUGGUACAUUCGGCUGGCGAACGCGGAGCAGAGAUUGGCCGAAUUGAACCUUAUGCAGCAGUACUCAAGGGGCAAAGUCGAACAAACAUACUUCAGGCUGAGGAGUUCCGGUGCCUUGAUCGAGGACGACCAUAUACCUUUUUGGAAGAGAAACGUGGACAUUCUCCACUUGAUACCCACUCCGUUCCCGUCCGUGUGGCACACGGAGCACGAUACGCGUUCGGCGCUCGACUUCACCACGAUCGAGAACCUCAACAAGAUCCUGCGAGUGUUCGUCGCGGAGUACCUCCACCUGAAGCCCUAGCGACGCCGCUGGCGGCUCGAGGCUAUCCUGAUCCCGAGCGGUAAUAGACUGUGACGAUAUUUAAAUAAGCAUACAGCUAAUCGGUAUAAUGACAUUGUUACAUUAAAAUUGGAAUCUUAACAUCAUCAUAUGGCGUUUUUAGUUAGUUUUGCCAUUUCUCUAAUAAAAAGGUUUGUGUAGAUACGCGGGGUUGAGGCAGACGAGUGGGGAAGCGUAUCCGCAUAACUUUAUACAUCGCGUCCUCUAUAUUUUGUCCGUGCUAUUUUGUUAAUUAAGAUUGCUUUAAAUAUAUGAACAUACGUACAUUCCUUCUGAGUAAAGUGUAAAUGUACUUAAAUGUAAAAAAAAGGUAUUACGGCAAUUCUUAAUACUGAUUCUAAUUUGAAUCUAUGUAUUGUGAUCGUUAAUUAACUAGAUGGAUAAUUUUUGCGAAAUUCUUUUCACAAAACGAAUUCAAAAUUCUUUUUUCAACUUGGGAUGACUCAGGUGAAGAAGAAGAAAUAUCAACUAACUUUUAGUUUCUCUAUAUCGAUGUGAUUUUAUUAUUUCAAGAAGAAAGUAAUGUGUACAGUGAUAUUAUUAAGCUUAAAUUUUGGUGCUUAUUUUGUAUAAAUAACCUAAAUAUUGAAGAAUAUUUAUUUUCAUAGAAAAUAUAUGCCGCGCUUAUAACAACGAUGUUCAAUUUAUAAAUUAUACAGACACUUAAUAUUUAUAUACUAGUUAUUAUAUUAAUAUUUAUAGUAAUCUUUUUGAACAUAAAUUUAUAAAUGGGUGAUAAAAAAAGAUUUGAUGUGACUAUUUCAAGUGUGUUGACCUUUUCCUAAUAAUAUCCAAUAACACAUUAAUUUACAUACCUGGCAGUUGCCAGUCUAAACUUAAACUAGUAGUUUUUACUACCACAAAAAAACAUAACUUAUUGUUUUUAUUGCCCAUAUUUUUUUCUGCUCGAGAUUAUACACACUAUACAAAAAACAAAAUCCAUGCCAGCCAAUAUUUUAUGACGAAUCCUAGGUUCCAACGCUUUGUAGCUGGGGAAUUAACCUGGAAUGCGCUCAGAUGGGAAAGAGAGCCAAUAUUUUACUGGCAAAGUUGAUAAUUUAUGUUCAGACCUGCAUACAAGCAUUGUUCCUAAAUUGGUUGUGUGCAUGAUAUAUUAAAAUAUAUUGUAUUUUCAGAAAUCAUAUUGUACGUGUUACUGCUGUAAAUAAUAUUAAAAAAAAACUGCUAUAUAUAUUAUAAGAUUUUAUUGUAUAAACCACGUUCCAUAUGUACUUAAAUUAAUAUUUGCUUAUGAAUAGUUACAAAACAACUAUUUUAUGUAUAAAUGGAAGUUGAUAUAGGUACUUGGAGAUUUCGGUCAACUAUAGUCGACAUUCAACGAUUAACAAUUCGUUGCCUAUACAAGUAUCUACAUGCUCAUACACAGGGUUACUCGUAAAAUACCUGAAACUUCACAAGAGUAGACAGCUAACAUCGUAAACAAUGUUUGUUCUAGUUUUGACAAUUAACUUUCAUACACAAAUAUUAAUAGCUUUUAUAUAAUUUUCCCUUUCAAUGCUCAAUGCGUGUCGCGCGCGAAUGUGGGGUUUGGAGAGGCGCGGGGCGGUGCUAACGUCCUAUCAUCCAAUAAUAAUGUAACUCAACACUGGCAAAAAUAAGCUCUAUUGAAGAAGUUUGAUUGCUGCAAAGAAAAGAAAAAAAAAGGCGCAAACGUAGAUAUGAAUGUCACACUCACAUUCAUUGCGCCUUUUUUUUUACAAUAAAAACUUGAAAAAUAUUUGUUUCUUUUGUGUCAAAUCUCGUCAAACAAAAUGCCCCUGCGUUCACUAAAAGUUGUUUAAGAUGCCAAUCACUGGUGUGUGUGGGUGUUUUACGUAAUGUAUGUAACCCUGUAUAGUGCGAUGAAUAUUUUUUUAUUCGUAUCACCGUAUAUUUGGUGAGAUGAAAGUUAGCGCAGACCAAAGAGAUUAUUAAUUGCACAAACAAAACACGAAUUUGAGAAAGAGAAAGAAAGAGAGAGGUAGAGAGAAAGAAAGAGUAUAAAUACGCGCCACGAAAUGUGACAAGAGUAUGGUUUGACUGCGCAAUAGUAGAAUGGACUAUAUUACACAUCGUCUACUGCGCAGGCAAACCAUAUGCCGGCUAAUACACUAUCGGUAAACAGUUCGCCAAGUGGCGGUUUCGACAUACAUUGCGCGGUUACCUUGGGGUCAUAUAAAAGAUCUCAUACCAACUAUGUAAUUUGCAACGUUAUAUCGCGUCGGCGCCUUUUGGCGAUAGUGUAUAGAUACAUCAUUCGUCGCGUGCAUUGUAACAAUUUGUUUUUAAUAUUUUCUGACUUCUUUCUGAUCUGCGCUAAAUAAUUUUUUCUAUGUAAAUAUGUAUUUUAUUUUAUUUAUGUACAAAUAUGUAUAGACGUUGUAAUUACAGUUUUAUCAACACAACUAAAAAUUGAUGAUUUAUAGAAAUUUUAUUUAAAAGACGUGUAGAUUUUUACUUACAUUCCAAUGUUGUGUGAUGAGAAAAAUAUGAUUCAAUGUUUUACAAAUUAUACAAAUAAAUGUAUGAGAUUAAAUAAAUUUAUGAAAUGUAACAGUC